GCCCUACGUGCUGACGCUAAUUGUAUAUGAGCGCGAGCGGCGGGCUCUCGGGUCUUUUUUAGCGCCAUCUGCUCGCGGCGCCGCCUCCCGUCCUCCCGCCGCCGCGGCCGCCUGAGUCACUCCCUGCGCAGCUCGGGCCCCCGACACCCCGAGCCAGCCGCUGAUAUUUGGAGUUCUUACAUACACCAUGGCAGACAUUGACAACAAAGAACAGUCUGAACUUGAUCAAGAUUUGGAUGAUGUUGAAGAAGUAGAAGAAGAAGAAACUGGUGAAGAAACAAAAAUCAAAGCGCGUCAGCUGACUGUUCAGAUGAUGCAAAAUCCUCAGAUUCUUGCAGCCCUUCAAGAAAGACUUGAUGGUCUGGUAGACACACCAACAGGAUACAUUGAAAGCUUGCCUAGGGUAGUUAAAAGAAGAGUGAAUGCUCUCAAAAACCUUCAAGUUAAAUGUGCACAGAUAGAAGCUAAAUUCUAUGAGGAAGUUCAUGAUCUUGAAAGGAAGUAUGCUGUUCUCUAUCAACCUCUAUUUGAUAAGCGAUUUGAGAUCAUUAAUGCAAUUUAUGAACCUACGGAAGAGGAAUGUGAAUGGAAACCAGAUGAGGAAGAUGAAAUUUCGGAGCUGAAAGAAAAGACCAAAAUUGAAGAUGAAAAAAAGGAUGAAGAAAAAGAAGAUCCUAAAGGAAUUCCUGAAUUUUGGUUGACUGUUUUUAAGAAUGUUGACUUGCUCAGUGACAUGGUUCAGGAACAUGAUGAACCUAUUCUGAAGCAUUUGAAGGACAUUAAAGUGAAAUUCUCAGAUGCUGGCCAGCCUAUGAGUUUUAUCUUAGAAUUUCACUUUGAACCCAAUGAAUAUUUCACGAAUGAAGUGUUGACAAAGACGUAUAGGAUGAGAUCUGAACCAGAUGAUUCUGAUCCCUUUUCAUUUGAUGGACCAGAAAUUAUGGGCUGUACAGGGUGUCAAAUAGAUUGGAAAAAAGGAAAGAAUGUCACUUUGAAAACCAUUAAAAAGAAGCAGAAACACAAGGGACGUGGGACAGUUCGUACUGUGACUAAAACAGUUUCCAAUGACUCUUUCUUUAAUUUUUUUGCUCCUCCUGAAGUUCCUGAGAGUGGAGAUCUGGAUGAUGAUGCUGAAGCUAUCCUGGCUGCAGACUUUGAAAUUGGUCACUUUUUACGUGAGCGUAUAAUCCCAAGAUCAGUGUUGUACUUUACUGGAGAAGCUAUUGAAGAUGAUGAUGAUGAUUAUGAUGAAGAAGGUGAAGAAGCGGAUGAGGAAGGGGAAGAAGAAGGAGAUGAGGAAAAUGAUCCAGACUAUGACCCGAAGAAGGAUCAAAACCCAGCAGAGUGCAAGCAGCAGUGAAGCAGGAUGUAUGUGGCCUUGAGGAUAACCUGCACUGUAAUAGCCUAAACACAACUAUUAUUUACUUACAGCCUUAUGUUUUUGUAUUUUCUUGGUAGACUCAGUAAUUUUUUUUAAAGGAAUUGAUAUUUUAAAGACCAAUUUGUUCUAACUAGCAUUUUAACUAUAGUUUUACUGUCCGAUACAUUGAAUGCACAGAUUCUCUGAAGCAUGUUCGUUCAUUGCUGCAAUUUGGUUCUUUGCAUCAUAUAAUUAUUGGAGUAUAACUGUGAAAGUUAACUUUCUUUUUUUCCUGAAGAACCAAAAUAGUUUUCCUGCUAGUAGUAAAGUGGGUUUAAGUCGCUUGCAUAGCCAUGCUUUUCAUUUUCUGUUACAGAAAUGCAGUGACUUAUACUAAGACAAUUCAUUAUUUAAAGGAAAAUAAAAUAAACUUGUGGUUAAGAAUUUCCAGUAAGACCAAAUCUAAUUAUUAGCUUAUUAAUGGAGUUUUAUAUUUUAGGUGACAGUUAAUUAUAAGGAAACCGACCUUACAUGGUUGUGGUUACCACAGGGAGGUGAAUAAACCUAGAAUUUUCAGAAGUUAAACUGAUAAUAUUUUAGUGUACUUCUAAAUUUAACAUACAUUAACUAAGCAUCUUUUCUUUGUGGUAGGGUCUACUUUCUGCUUUCCUGGAAAGGAUGAAUACACAUCAUUUGAUGAGCCUAUUUCACGUUUUUUUGGUUGUUUGCUUGUUUUUGCAGUCUAAAAUAAAAAUGUUAAAUACAAUUUUAGUUCUCACAAAGUAAUGUCUUAAUUUUGUGCUAAUUCAGGUUAGAAGCAGAGGCUAAACUUAAAUUAAUGAUUUUGUGCCCAGUGUAACAUACUAAAGGAAAAGGAGCCAACUUUGGAAGAUAUGAUCAAGUGGAAAACAAGAAAAGCAGAAAUACUCUAAAUGAUGAUACAUUCUUUUAAAAGAAGAAAAGUUAAAUUUCAUUUUUUUGGAUUAGAACCUGAAAGCCCUAAGCCUCUAUGGUCUACUCUGAUCCUUACUGCUUAGAUACGUCAUUUACCCAUGUUUCUGUUUACUAUGUAUUACAAUGGGUAGUACUGUUUACUUAACUACCUCACAGAUAUGUUAAGGCAUAAUGCGUUAAAUUUCAUGAACUGUUUCUCAGUCUCAUUUAAAACCUCAGAGAUUUGGACGUACUUGUACCACAGUGUGAUACUCAGCAUUUCAUUCACAUCAGGCUUUGAUAAUUAAACUGGAAAAUGAAGUUUAAACACCCCUAUUGUGGAUCUGGCCAGAUAACACUCACAUUGCAUGUGGCUGCUGUUAUAGUGAAAAUGGAUGGGAUGGACUUUAUUUUUUAAAGUCCAAGGAUUUUUUUUCUUCUUCAGAUUUUCUAGAUGGCCAUAUUGUAGUAAAUACUCUAGAGAUUUUGGGCCUAAAGUGGUAAUAAGACCAUUUUGGGGAGGGGAAUGCCAUUAAGUUUGAGACUUCAGAGCCACAUUUAAAAUACCUCAGGCUAAUUACUGUUAAUUUGGGGGACGAAUUUAUUUUUGAUAGGGUGGACUAAUUCAAGAGGAAGGUCUAGAGUUCCUGCUGUUAGUAAAAUUAGUUGAUUCAUUUUUACAGGUGAUAUUUUUUUGAAAAUUUAGUAUUAAAGACUUAAAAUGUGAACACAUUUGUUUGGAACUAUCCAUACUUCUUGAGACUCUUUAACUACUGGAAAUCCUUAACCAAUCACAGUAGUUUUUUCCUUUUUCAGAAUGGUUUUGAUUAGACAUUCUGUGUUGAUUUUUUUUUUUUUUUUGUAAUCGUAUUUCAUCUAAAUAGUUUUUUCUGAUCUUUAAAAUUUUAAUCUAAAGAUAGAAUCCCAUUUUUAAUUAAAGAAUAACAAAAUCAUUGUUUUCAUUCCUUUAGGAAAUAGCUAUUGCCAAAGCGAAGAGGUAGAUAAUAUUUCAUCUUGUUACAUAAUGGGGAUGUGGUUUGCAGAUGAUUGUUUUUGUUACAAAAUUUGAGUUUCAAGGGAUGUCAGUGUUCAUUUAUGCCAUUUCUUCAUUCCAAGAUGGUUCUAUUCCAUUUUAGAAAUUUGAAAUAUGUAAUUUGAAAUCCUUAAAUAAAAUUUGGAUUUAAUUUUAUAAAAUA